UUUAAUGUCCGCACAAAAGGCAAGGUUAAAUUUGCAGUUAUAAAACUAAUACUUUAUUCACUGACAUUGGAACUAUUGUUAUAGUUUUAUUAAAGUGGUUUAAGAAGCAAUAAAAUCCAAAUAUGUUAAAGAAGUUGGUUGUGUAUAUUCUUGUUUCUGGAUUUUUAGUAACAAGUACCCUGUGUAGAGAAAUCGAAACUUUAGAAGAUGAAUCAAUUGAUGAAUCAAAUAAUGCACGCAAAAUCCAUAAUAACGGAUUUUCUUUCCUACGACCUGCUGAUGAUGCUUUGCUUAAUUUUAUAAACAAGCUUGUAAACACCAGUUAUCUGUCUUCAAAGAUGAUUCUAAAUAAAGUACAGGCUCAAAAUGAACUUAGACAGGAAAUAGAAGAUCAAGUUGAAGAGUUUUUGGAGAGCUUGCCAAAGAUUAAAAUUCCUAUUUUAGAUGGAUUCCUAACACCUAGAGAGUCUAAUGUAGAUACAAAACAUGAAAAAUAAUAUUACUUAAAUCUGUGUAGUUAACGGUUAUUGUGCAUUUUUACAUUUAAUAAAAAAUUCGUUAGGCAAUAA